AUGGCGGCGACUAACAAUGUCCCCGUGACUCUGGACACGCCUAUCGUGGUCAAGGUCCUGUUCCGGGGCCAGACAAAGAAGUUCAAGCUACCUCUGAAGGAUCUUGGAGCCCAUGUGCUACCCGACAAGCUCCGAAGCAUCCUCCAGCUUGAAGCUGGCGAGCAGGUCGUCUUUGAACGCUACUCCGACUCCGCCGCCUCGUAUGUCAUCCUCGACGCCGACAAACCCCAGGUUUACAAGACGCUCUUCCGCGCUGCAAAGGCGAAACUCAAGCUGCGUUUGAGAGCUACCGUUCCUGGUGAAGAGCCCGUACCUGCACCUGCACCCGCGCCGAUGCCGCCACAUACGCUUCCAGGCUAUGCGCCAUCUGUUCACCGCAUGAGCUCAGAUACCCUCACUCCACAGGGCAAUCGACCUGUUUCUCCGGUGAUUGCCCGCUCGCCGGACAUGGAGAAGAAGGAGGCCAUCAGUCCUGUGUCGCCACCAAAAACGGCAGAUGCUGACGGCGAGGCUCCUGUACCGCAGGCCUUCACUGCCCGUCAGAACUUCUUCAACAACCUUGCAACUGCCAACUAUAACUCGGGUCUUGCGUUCCGCCCCAAGCCGAGCAAUGUGUGCACCUCGUGGGUUGUCUAUUGCAACAACUGCAACGAGCCUAUGGAGGAUGAGCACUUCCAUUGUAGCGUAUGCGACGGUGGCGAUUACGAUCUUUGUCCUGCUUGUGUCGACAACGGUGUUCAUUGCCCCGGAAGCGGACACUGGAUGGUCAAGCGCUUCGUCAAGAAUGGCAGUGUCGUCAACAGCACUACCCAGCGCAUCGCACCCAAAGUCAAGGCCGAGGAGCCCCAACAGCAGGAUAUUCCAGGAGCUUUCACCGAUGAGAAGCAGUCUGUCACCUACGAACAGGAGCCCACUCGCACCUGUAACUGCUGUGUCACCGUGCUCCCCGAGAAGGAGUUCGUUACCUGCGUCCCCUGUGAUGAUUACGACCUUUGCUUGACUUGCCAUGUUAGCAACAAGCAUGGUCACCAUCCUGGCCAUACCUUCAAGCCUGCCACAUCCGAGACUGUGCUUCCUACUCUGGCGGAUUUCCUGUGCAAUUCCGGCAGGAAUGUUCGUCACAACGCUGUCUGCGAUGGCUGCGACAAGUUCAUUUACGGUGUCCGCCACAAGUGCUUGAAUUGCCCAGACUGGGAUUACUGUUCUGACUGUCUCAAGAACGCCAAGUUCAUUCACCCCCGUCACCGCUUCGUACCUAUCUAUGAGCCUUUGGCUGAGCCCAUGAACACCGCCAACCGCCACUACGGUAUCUACUGUGACGGUCCUCUCUGCAAGGAUAAGGAGAACCUGUCAUACAUUGACGGCAUCCGCUACAAGUGUGCAGUCUGUCACGACACCGACUUCUGCCAAAACUGCGAAGCUCAUCCCAGCAACAAGCACAACCACACUCAUCCACUCAUCAAAUUCCAGACACCUGUGCGCAGCGUUAGCGUCACGACUCUCAACGAUGAUAAGCAGCGCAAGUCCGUUGCUAGGCUCGGUGAUCGCAUUGCUGACAGGCGAUCUACGUCGACUGAGACUACCCCUGUCGCUCCUUCUACCAACGCUGCGACUCAGGUUCAGACCAUUGUUGACAUGAAGCCCUCAGCAGAGCCUCAAGUCAAGAAGGAGAAGAUUGCUAUUCGUGAUCUGCUCGUCGACUCUGUAGAGCCAGUGCAAGAGAAGCCUGUUCAGCCUAUUCAGCCUACGGUGCCCAUCAAGUCGGAAGCCAUCUCCAUUGCUAGAUCGGAUACCGCUACCGAGGGCCUUGACGCACACUUCAUUCGAGAUACCAUCAUUGACGGUUCCAAAAUCUGUGCAGGCCACCAGUUUGUUCAAGUAUGGACUCUACGCAACCCAGGCCCUAACGCCUGGCCACGAGGAUGCAGUGUACGACACGUUGGUGGCGACAACAUGCUCAACAUUGACAAUACGCGUCCCUUGAGCCACACUGAUCUCGCAGAGGCCAGCGAAAGCAACAUACUCGGACAUACCGUCGAGGCCGGCGAGGAAGCUCAGUUCCGUGUUCUUAUGAAGGCACCCCAACGUGAGGGCACUGCUAUCUCUUACUGGCGCUUAAAGACCCCUGAAGGUAUGCCCUUCGGUCAUCGUCUGUGGUGUGAUAUCGCCGUCGUUGGCGUGCCCUCCCCUGUGGUAGUCCAGCCAGCGAUUCCUCCUGCGCCAGUUCAGAGCGUCCCUACUCCUACCCCAGGCUCAGCUACCACGUUUGAGGUUGCCCCUCGAUCGAAUCCUCUUUACGAGCGCCUCCUACAAGCUAGAGCUGAGAGGAUGAAGCAUGUACAACACUCUCAGCAACAGCAAAUGAACCUGCAGAAGAUGAAGGAUGCGCACCACUCUUUGCAACAACAACUGGAUCAACAGAAGAUGGAGCGUGUCCAGCGUGUGCGCAAGGCUGCUAUGGAGCGUCUUCUAGAGGGUCGUCGUAAGGUUCAUGAGGAAGCGAACCGCCGCAAGGAACACGAAGCUGCUCUUGCCACCAUCAACCAGGAGCCGAAUGUUCCAUCCAAGGCUGAGAUCAAGCCUGAGGAGCCAGUCGCUGAACUCCCCGUUGAGGAGAAGCAGCGCUCAUCUGAGCCUCUCGCUUCCGGUAUGAUUUUCCCUCAGCUAGACAAAGAGUCCCCUGAGUCGAGCACCUAUGAGUCUUCUACUACUGCUCAGCCCAUGUCUCCCUCGUCUGAAAAGAGUACAGUCGCUCGUACCGUUACCGUCGCUUCGGAUGACGAGUUUUUCGAGGAUGCCGAAAGUGUUGCCCUAAUGUCUGAUGACGGUUUCAUGACCGACGAGGAAUACGACAUCCUCGAUGCUAGCGAUGAGGAGAUGCCCAUAAAGAGACCUGAAGUAUCGAUACGCAUCACCAUCCACGCUACAAUGUCGAAAGAUACUGAGAUGCUUUCUGCCGACGAAGUCGCCGUCACUUCAAAGGGGGAGCGUCGCGAAAAGAAGGAGAAGAAAGAGAAGAAGCGCUCGAGGACAGAAUCGAACGCUGAGGUUGCGGAGGCCGAUGCCACCGAAGAUGAAGCGGAGACACCAGCGAAGAAGCGCAAACGUGAGACACUUCCCGAAGAGCUCGAGAUCGACAUCAGUCUUCCCGAACCCGCGUCGAAGAAAGCCGCUCGUAAAGCAAAGAAGGCGAAACUGAACCCGACACCCGCCGCCGACGUAGAUGGACCAGAAGCGGUUGCGAAGACAGACGGGGCGGCGAGAGAGGAUAAGGACACGGCUGCACAGCGUUCGGCAUAUGGUGUCUGGAUUGGUAACUUGCCAUGGUCUGCCACCAGGGAGACACUGCGAAAGUUCUUGACCGAUAAUACUGAGAUUGCGAAUGAGCAAAUAACACGCGUCCACAUGCCUCCACCGACAAAACCGACUCCCGCCAAUUGGACCACCAAGCCCAUGAACAAAGGCUUUGCAUACGUGGAUUUCUCUACAGAGCUGGCAAUGUACUCGGCAAUUGCUUUAACAGAGACGAAGAUGGAUGGACGCGCGCUACUCAUCAAGAACGCGAAGAGCUUUGACGGACGCCCAGACAAGCCCAAAACAGAGGAGAUUCAAGACACCCGUGGAGGCAAGGGUGCUAAACCAGGCCAUCCCCCGAACAAGCGCAUUUUCGUGGGCAACCUCUCCUUCGAUGUUACAAAGGAAGACCUUGAGGCACACUAUGCCCCAUGUGGAGCGAUCGAUAACAUUCAUAUGGCAACAUUUGAAGAUUCAGGCAAGUGCAAGGGAUAUGCUUGGGUUACUUUCGGCGACGUGGAAGCUGCAACGGCAGCGGUCAAAGGCUUCGUGUUCAAAGAUCCAUCUGCGUUCAAGAGCAAAAAGGACAGAGAUGAGAGCAGUGACGAAGAGGACGUCAAUAAACCCGUAAAGCAAAGGAAAUGGCUAGUCAGCAAAUUGAUGGGCAGAGAGUUGCGUCGUGAAUUUGCCGAGGACGCGAAAACGAGGUAUGAUAAACGUUUUGGCAAGGGCGAGCCUGUGGACGGGGUCAAUCCGGACCGAUGGAAGAAUUUUGGCGACGGAGAUCAAAGAAGAGGCAGAGGUGGUGGCAGGGGUGGUGGCAGAGGUGGCAGAGGUGGCAGAGGAGGUAGAGAUGACAUGGGAAGCAGGCAAGAUGGAGGAGAGGGCAAUGGCGGACGGGAUUUCAAGCGCAAGGUUGAUCCGAGAACCAUCAAGAGUGUUAACGUCGCAACCAAGAACUUGAAGAACUUCUUCAAACCUAAAGACAAGAAAGCAACUACACCCGUGUUGCAAAAGGUUGAAGACAGAAAAACAGGCGAGGUCAAAGCAGAAGAUCAACAGAACGACGCGCUUUACAUUUGUCCUGUCGAGAUUGGAACGCCGCUCCAAAUCAUGAACUGA